GCGUCCUUCUCUUUAGGCAAAGAGCAAGACCUGCUACCCACCACCUCUACCGCCUUCACAUACACACAAACCAAAAUAUUAACAGAAUUCUAGUGAAGUGGACGCGAAGAAACGAAUUCAAACUCCUCUAUCGAUCUCCCUGUUCUCACCUCCUCCUCAUCUAUAACAACUCUCUCUAUCUCUCUCUUUCACUUGUCACUCUUAGCUCUAAUCAUCAAUCCCAUCCCCCUCUUUCUGUGUUCCAAAAUAAGAUACCUGCUUCUUAAUUAGUCAAAUACCUGCUACUGCAUGCACCGGCCAGCCUUAAGAGUGAACUAUUCGUGAAGAAGGUCAAUGAUGAAGAGGGCGGAGAUCGAUACGAGGCAACCGUUCCGGUCAGUGAAGGAAGCUGUCGCAAUGUUCGGGGAAAGAGUUCUUGCCGGAGAAGUUUAUGCCACCAAGCUCAAACAGUUGCAGGAUGAAGCAAGUGAAAAUGGGCAUGGCGCAUCCAAAAUUGGAACUGUAACAGCUGAGCUAGAGCAAACAAAGCAGAACCUCCAAAAAGCCAAACAAGAAAGUGAGCUAAUGGAAACUUGCCUUUCUUCUCUGAAACAAGAGCUUGAUCGGACAAAGCGAGAGCUGCAGCAACUCAAGGAAAGGGAAUAUGACAAACACUUCAUAGAAUCCGAUGAGAUUGAAGACGUUAAUAUUGUUGAAGACGAUCAUUCAACCAAGGUCGAAAACAAAAGCAGCGCACAAAGAUACAUCAAUGUUGCUGAUAUGGAUGAUGAAGGACUUGAGUUCCAAAAGAAGAGAUAUGUAACAUUUGCACACUCACCUUCUGCAGCUAAAGUAAUGAUUCCACAAGGUGGUACUGGUGUUGAGAAAUUGGAAAGACGUUCAUCAUCGCUUAAGAAGAAGAAAAAGAAGCCACUGAUUCCUCUAAUUGCAGGUAUCUUUUCGAAAAAGAAAGAAAGCCAUCCACUAGCAUAUGCUUGAGAGUUGCACUUUGGCCUUGCGAAUAUAUACUGUGGCAUGCAUACGUUUUCUUCUUCGUUCCAAUAAUGAUGACAACUCUUUUCUCUUUCAAUGUUUUGUAUAAUUGUCCCUUUGUGUACAUUAGUUUCAGUUCCAAUAUGCCACUAAGGUUUAGCUCGGGAUAAGAUGACAUUGUAAUUGUAGUGGUAUCAAACGAUCAUGAAGAGUCAUUUGAUAAA